UCCUCUGUUGUCAUGGAUGCAUACAGACCCAAGAGACCCACCACCCUGGCUCUGUUCCCACAGUUACCCCAACCCGGCACCCAGGACACCAUCAACAACAACUCUUUAGGCAAGAAGGACAGCUGGAAGGAGUCCCACUCCUCCUCCCCUCACAUCACAGGGGAUCAUAGCCCACCGGAUACCCCACCAAAAGCCGAGGACAAAGUCCGACACCACGCUCGCCGACCGGCCCCCAAGCCGCCCACGGCCAACGGUGUAGACAGCAGAAGCAACACACAUGCCCAAGCUGCCGCCGCUGCUGCAGACACUCAGGCCCGAGCUCGGGACAGACAGCUGACAGGCGCCGGGCACACACACUCCUCCGGCGGGCCAAGAAGCCAGCGGAGAGGAGGAAGAGGAGCAGGAGUAGGUGGAAGAGGUGGAGGAGGAGGAAGAGGAGUAGCAGUGAUGAGGGAGAGAAGCCUGGGGGAUAACAGAGGGAGGGAUGGAGUGACGGGCGGGAAGGAGGACAGGAAAGGGGGACGAUUCUGUGAGGAGUCGAGGGGAAAGGAGAGAGAGAGGAAUGGAUAUCAGAAGGCCAGAGAAGCAAAUGGACUAAAAGGGCGGGGGGUUGAUGGGAAAGGAAGAGUGGGUCCUCGAGGGGGCAACAAAGCAGGGGGAGUCAAGGCUAACAACUCCCUUCCUAGCCAGGACAUUUACCUGACAGCCAUGGUGGUCCCACGCACACCUGUUGCACCCCGAACCCAGGACAAGACCCAAGACUCAGGCCAAAACCAUGACAGAACCCAGGACUGCCCCCCUGUCCUGUCCCGCUCUAGCAGUGAGGGAGGCUCUAACAGAAUGUCCCUCAGUUCAGACAACGAGGGGCCCCCGCCAGGGCCCUUACAUCCUACCCUGCCUGACCGAACCAACCCUGACAUCAGCGAGGAGGAGGGGGAGGGUGACCCAACCCCGUCUGUGAACAACCAAGGUAAUCUGACCCACUGCCUUGGAGUUCGUGACAAAAGAGAGAUGGACUGUACCAUGUCAGGAGAGAUGGAUACAGGUGGGGAUAAUAAAACUGAGGUGGACAGCUGCAACUCUGCCCCUGCCAAGGGAGGCUCAGUGGCUGGCCGGACUGGUCCAAACAAUAAAGCUACGGCAGGGUUAAAUUAUGACUCUGUCAAAUACACUCUGGUGGUCGAUGAACAUGCUCAGUUGGAGCUGGUCAGCCUCAAGGACUGUUUCCACAGCUACAAGGAGCACAACGAUGACAGUGAUGCAGAGACUGUCUACCAAUCAGCCAAUGAAGAGGAAGACCCAGAGUACGAAGAAGAGAGGAAGAGGAAAGAAGAGGAGAGGAGUCAGGAGAGAAGAAAAGAGGAGGAGAAGAGGACAAAGGAGGAGGAGGAGGAGUUGAAGAGGAGGAGAGAGGAGGUGAUGAAAAUCCUCAAUCAGUCCAAGGUGACAUCGACCACGACCUCGGAGGAGGAGGACUCUAAUGGACGGAGGGCUGCAGCUCCAAGAACCAGGAAGUUCCUCAACCUGUUUGUCCACGGCAGCAACCAUUACAGUUCCACGGGUGCCGGCUCGUUUGGCGUGUUCUCCUGUGUUCUGGACGGAGUGGAGAAACAACAGAGCCACCGAGCCGUCUACAGGUUUGUCCCUCGUCACGCGGAUGAGCUCUACCUGGAGACAGACGACCCGGUGCUGAUGCUGGCCCAGUCUGAGGACCUGUGGUGUCAGGGCUACAACAUGAGGACCGGAGCUACAGGCAUCUUCCCCGCCUACUAUGCAGUCAGCGUGGCAAAAGAUAUCAGCAAAGUCCAGAAAGAUGGCUGGAUAGAUCAGUUCUGGGUGCGACUCCUGGGCUCAGUGCAGGUUCCCUUCCAUAAAGGCAAUGAUGUGCUGUGUGCCGCCAUGCAGAAGGUAGCGUGUAACAGGCGGUUAGCGAUGCAGCCUCCUGCAGCCUGCGUGUUGGAGGUCAGCGUGAAGGGCCUGAAGAUCAGCGUCCAGGACCAGUGUCAGUCUGCUGAGAGGGGGAACCAGUGUUUCCAUUUCUUCCAACUGAAAAACAUCUCGUUCUGUGGUUGUCAUCCGAAACACAGCAAGUAUUUUGGCUUCAUCACCAAACACCCUGACCAGCAGCGCUUUGCUUGCCAUGUGAUGAUGUCAGAGACAACUUUACUUCCUUUGGCUGAAUCUGUAGGGAGGGCAUUCCAGCAGUAUUAUAAGGAACAUGUUGGCUACUCCUGUCCCACUGAAGACAUCUUUAUUGAAUAAGACCUCUCUUCAUCCAGGCAAUGUACUGAAUACUCACUAUGUGCACGUAAGCCAGGUCUUACAUCGCAAACUGGACUCCUGCUAUAUUGUCUUCAACCUACUUGCAUGGUGGAUUUUCUUUCAUAGGCUGCAUCCAAUGGUACAGCGUUUUUUGUUUUUCUUUUGGUCAUGUCACAUAUAAAAAAAAAUACCUCUAAGGAUGGAUGGUGUCACCGUUACAGUGAUGUCCCAUGCAGUUAAAAAAAUAAUAAUAAUAUAAACCAAACAACGUUGAAAAAUGAAUAUUGGUGAUUUUUGCAGGCCAAGUCACUAGCCCCCUACAUACCACAAUGACUUUUAGCCCUACAUGUUUCAUAACUAAACAUACAGAUACUGGAUGCUUCUGUGCAUCUGGUAUUUUGAAGCCUUCAGCACGUGGAGCUCAUUUAAUGACAGACGGUUUACAUUAUAGCUUCAUUUUGUGAACUUGCUGCUCAGCUAGUUUAGAUAGUUUCUGUGUGAUUUGGCGUGGUCUCCAGUCUCCAGACAUGAUCUCCUCUGCAUCGGGGUAUUAACCACGUACAGGCAGGUAUCUGAUUUCUCAAAUGCCAUGUAACUGAGAACGGCAGCUUCCAUUAUCAGGGAGAGGGAAGGCAACCAGACUGACUCAGCGCUGCUGGAGAGCUUUCAAACAGCCGUUUCUAAGGCAUCGAACACAAACCUUCUUCAUCAAAAAUGAUUCCAUUAACCGAAGGUGAGACACAUUUAUCAAAGUAGGACCACUGUUUGUUUUGAUUUUUUUUAAAAAACAUAAUGCAGUGUCUAUGAAUACAUAAAAAAGCAAUGCAAAGUGGACUAGUCAUUGUGGAAAGUGUGAAAAGCAAAUGGACGUGUCAGCAACAGCAAUCAUUUUUUUCCAACGCAGAAUACUGGAUGGACACAGCUCAUCCAUAAUCAAGCAUUUUUGAGGGUCGUCGUAUAAAAGUGGCGACAGUUAAAGUAAUUCAUAUAAGAUACAUCUGGGUUAAACAUGGUAUUCAUUAUGGAGGCAGAUAGAUACCGUUUGUUUGAGAGAGAGCGAGAGAGAGAGCGAGAGAGAGAGCGGGUGAGGCUGGGAGACAGAGGGGAUGGUGGCAGACUGGAAGCCAAAUCACACAGCAGCUACCUGGAACAAUCGCACAAGGGGUAAGUGGGAAAAUAUCUCUCUUUUUUUAAAUUUUAUUUUGGGUAUUAAAACGCACACACAGUUAUAAGUUGUUCAUUGUUUCAUUUCAGUUUGAGCACACUGAGUAGAGCUUAGUGGAGUUGACUUUGAGGAAGCACUGAGGUGGUAGCACUGCAUAUCAGUAUUGUGUAACUCGGCUCCAUCCCAUUGCAUAAAAUAGCAUGAAAAAUACAUUCACGAGUCUGGAAUUGUGUCUACAGAUCUUUCACUGUAAUUGUGCCAAACCUGUGCACAACAUGGUCAAAUGUGAGUACAAAGCAAAGCUGCAAGUGCUUGAAAUCCUAUUAGUAUAAAUCUUCUGUCAUUAACUAUCUUGGACCUCCAGAAAAUGGCAAAACAUUUCCGGCAAAAUAAAAAGAUUCAGUUUUGAGUCUUCAAAUAAUUUAAAACAGCAACCCAGUCGCCAGAAAAACAUAAAAUGUUGCCAUUUUACAUUUCUGCAAAUCAACGAAUUCACUGACAUCAACAUUUAGUGUUAUAGCCAACGUGCAGGAGGCUGUGUCAACAUCAUGUGACUAUAAUGAUACACUAGCUCUCAUUAACUUGUUAUGUGCUUUAACCACGUUAGUUAGGUUAGGAGCAGGUCAUGGUUAACAUUAGGAAACAUUAGCUAACAUUCACCAAUAUUAACUUGCUAAAAACAAACACAGCUGUCAUGGGAGUUGAGUCCUGCUGAUCGUGCCAUCCACCACCCCGCCUGCAUCCUAAUACGCCGUCUGACGCUCACUUUAGACUACAUCACACAUUUCAACGGCUCCUUCAUUUGCAGAAAUAUAAAAUGCCAACAUUUCCUCCUGGCUGCUGGGCUGUAAAACACAGUGCUGUGAAUGGAUGUACUGUAAACAAAUGGACUUUCUUGUUUCUUUGCACAGUUGAAGACAGAUUGGUGUUGAUGAGUUUAGAAUGAGAUGCUCACGACAUAAUUCUGUGUCUUUCUGAAUUCCCGUUGUGUGGAAUCAGCCUGUUUCUUCCACCCCCCCACCCCCUAAACUUGACAAUCUACCAUAAAUUUCCUUGGCAGUUUCUCUGUGAAACUCGCAAAUGAAGUUAAGGUCAAGUGCCUAAUUUCUCUUUUUGCUGCUUGUUGUUUCUUCUCUUGCGAAUUUAUUGUGGAAACCCAAAUAUAGCUCUAAAUGCAAAUCCCUUGCCCAGGGUUUUUCCCCACUAGAGCAAUUACACUUCUCCUUUAACUUUAUUAAACAGCAAAGGCCCAAAUGACGCCGUGCAAUUUCAAAGAGCAACCCGGUAGGAUGUUGGAUCACUGUGCAGUCAUUCCCAUCUCUGUCCACAUCACUCUCAUGUCAGACUUCUUUUACAUUGACUGCUCAAAUCUGGGACCAAAGUCAAAGCUGGGGUCAAUUCAUGGAACAUUCUUUCAACUCAAAGUGGAAAUACAAUUUGCGAUUUUCAUUUUUUCCAGUAGGUUGGAAAUCCGGCCUUCGGCAGACUGCAAUAAAAGAGAAUUAAACCCAGCUCAGCUUCGUAUACUGAUCCACAAUCACCUCGCUGUUCAACAGAGUCAUAUUAACUUCACAAAAUGCAAGAGGCAAAUUGGUUCCACAUCUGCACUCCUAUUAGAAUGAAGAACAGAUUGCACAUCAGGAGUCCACAAAAAUUUAAAUAACUGAGCUUUUGGUCCCUUUCAAAUCCAGCCAGUGACACACACGUGCCUAACUGGUCUAAUAACACGAUCACAACAGAUUUGAGCAGGUAAAGCCAAUGGAAAUGAAGCCUGGACCGCUGUGUUUCUGAAAACAGUGCCUAUUUUUUAAGUGUAGUGAUGAUGACUGUACUCAGUAUUACCUGUCGACAUCAGAUGGCUCAGAUCACAGAAUCUAAAUAGAUACAACAGCCGUUCUCAUUCAAAUCUGUAUCUGAAUAUGGCUUGGUGCACCUCAGCUGGCUGCAACACCGUGAUGAAUGAUGUUGUUGAGAGUUGAGACUCAGAAAGCUGAUAUAUGUCCCUGGUUAUGACUGGGACGCGACUUAUAUAUGCAACUCUUCUUGUGCUUUGAUCAAAAAUGAAUGUCACUCACCUCAGAUAUGAUGCAAGUUUGACUCAAACAUACCUAUUGUAGAAAUAAUCAGCACCACAAUGGAUGUCUGUCGGAAACUCUUAACCUGAGAUUAUAUCAAUGCAGCAUUUUCUUGAGGCUCUACACACGUUUACAUAAAUAUAUUUGAUUAUUAUUAUAAUUACUGUAAAUAACAGUAGUAUUAAUAUUACUAUGCUGGGUUUUACUGGAGAGUUUAAGUGUCCCCUGAUGCCCUGAAGUUCUGUUUCAAAGGCUUUUCUUAUCCCACAAUAUUCCAAAAACCCCUAAAGGCUAAACCCGAGUUAAAGGCCCAUUUCACUGGACUUUCCGGUAACCAAACACUUCAACUUUCUGAGUCUUCAUGUGCCGUCCACUACAUGCUCAUUACCAUGACAGAUGAAAUUCCUAUAGCAACCAUCUCAGAUGCACCAAAGGAGGUUGUUCUGAUCCACCAGAAAGUGUCCUUUUCUAUCUAUUGUAGUUCUGUGAUUCUAACACCAUUGGGAUCUUCUGUAUAUAACUCAUCAAUAUAGAUAUAUCCUGUAUAGAUAUGUAUGAUGUUUGUAUAGGAGUAAUUAUUGUAUGCUGUCAGUCUGACCAAAAUCUGGGUGUAUCACCGCAUGAUAUCAGUGUUGUAAAGAUGUAGACAAGACACACAAGCUGCUGGUGGUGAUGAUGAUGAUAAUGGUGAUGAUGGUUAUUCUUGUCAAUAAAUCACAUUUACAACUUCUCCCA